AUGCAGUUGCAUUUAGCUGACAAGACUCCAAUUUUCGUUAAAUCGCGCCCGCUUCCCCUUGCACUUCGCGCGCCGGUCGAGCGCGAGUUGGAGCGGUUGCAGCGAGAUGACGUCAUUUAUAAGGUAGACCGUUCUGAUUACGUAGUUCGCCUGUGCUACUACUACGAUCCCAAGUUACCGUUGCUGUUGUCGGUGGACAGUAGCGCGUAUGGACUCGGCGCGGUUCUCACGCACCGCUACUCCGACGGAUCGGAACGUCUUAUCAGUUGCGCCUCGCGUACUCUUAAUGAGGCCGAGCAACAGGGAUGCUUGGUUUGGGGAUAUAGAGUAAUUAUCCCUGCCAGUUUGCACUCCGCUGUGUUAGACGAAAUACAUUCCGGGCAUAUAGGCGUUGUUAAAAUGAAACAGCUGGCUCGGAACUAUCUGUGGUGGAGCGGCUUGGACGCCGAUAUUGAGCGCGUGUGUCGCGAGUGCACCGCCUGCGCCGCGCUGCGCGCACAGCCGCCGCCCGCGCCGCUGCACUCGUGGAAGUGGCCGGUGGAGCCUUGGUCGCGGUUGAAUGUUGACUUUUUAGGUCCGUUUCGUAAUAAAUAUUAUUUAGUUAUUUUAGAUGCUCAUUCCAAAUGGUUGGAAGUGGAACCAGUGCCAAAUACUUCGGCAGCUACCGUUAUAUCUUGCCUGCGCAAAAUAUUUGCCCGGUUCGGUCUAUGCAAGGUCAUUGUGAGAGACAAUGGUCCACCAUUUUCUUCAUCCGAAUACUUACAUUAUUUGAAUAAGAAUGGAAUCAAGCGAAUAUUAGUCGCCCCAUAUCAUCCAUCGAGUAACGGUGCAGCUGAAAACGUUGUUAAAACUGUAAAGCUAGUAUUAAAGAAGGCUAUAAUCGAAAACGUGAAUUUAGAAAAAGCGUUAUGUACAUUUUUAUUUACAUACAGAAAUACAGAACAUUGUACCACUCAAAAAGAACCCUCCGUGGCACUUUUGGGACACAGGUUACGCGGCAGGUUAGAUCUUUUACGACCGAAUACCAGAGAUGUCAUUCGCGAUAAACAAUCAAGUCAAGAAGAACGUCGCGGUGGCUCAUUGCGAGAAAUGAGCACUGGAGACCGGGUUCUGGUCCAGAACUAUAAUAAUAAUUUAGUAAAAUGGAAGGAAGGUGUAGUGUUGGAUAGAACCGGUCCCGUCUCCUAUUUUGUCAAAACAGACGAUGACAAUCGUACUAGUAGAAGACACGUUGAUCAAAUAGAUGAUACAAGUUCUUGCGAAUGCCUUAUGGAAUUUGUUCAGCGUCAGAAGUCUUUCAUAAAAAAAUGA